GGGCAGUGAUAAUCCAUGGGUAUCUGCUGUCUCCACAUGUGUCAAGGAGGAGGAAAUGGCGGGGAGAAAUCUUCACCGAUCGACAUGAUGGACGGAGACUCUACAGAGAGCUUUGUGGAAAUAUCUGGAAAUGAUGAAACUGAAGAAGAGAAGGAGCAGCUGGAAAGUCAAAGCGAGCCUGGCCCUUCGAGUGAUGACCAGGAACCUGAGGCUUCUCAGAUCACAUGUGACUAUGAGGUGAAGCAGGAUGACCCGGCUUGUGAAGAAGCAAAGCAAUCACCAGAACCCCCUGAGACGGGAAAGAACAUGGAUCAUGAGAAUGAGACUCUAGAGACAAACACUGGAGAUGGACGUGACUGCUCUCCAGAGGGUGAGGACUUGGAGAAUGUUCAGGACACACAGAGUGAGACUUUGGGACCAGAGGAACAUGCUGGACAAGAUAUCCCAACUGAACAGGAGAUGACCAAGGAAGACCAUGAGGAAACCCAAACAGCACAUGAUGGAUCUGGAAGUCCACAGGAGACCACAUGUGGGGGAUCUCAAAAUAUGGAAGAACACAAUGAAAGUUCUGUCUCCAAUCAACCAGAACCCCACGACAUGCAAGAAGAUGAAAGAUCCAUGGAGCCUAACCCUAAAUAUGGAAGCGACCAAGAAUCUGCAUAUAGAGAGGAAAGCAAUCCUGUCCAUGCAGAAGACACAAUGGAGGGUCCUCAAGAUGCUAAAGAGAGAGAGCAGAAGGCUCAAAAUGAUGUAAUGUAUGAAGAAUCUCCAGAGAGCAAAGACAUGGAGGAUUCUGCAGAAAAUAAGGUGGCUACACAGAAUGGAGACCAGGACCAACCAGGAAGAACUACAGAGGACAUGUCUGGGUGUGAGGAGAGGUCCCUGGAACAACCCCGGAUGGAAACUGUGGGCAGUGAUCGGUCAGAGACUCUAUGGACGUGCCGGACGGAUGGGGAGAUCACCUUGAGGAUGGAGGUGUCGGGAGCAGCAGCUCUCUGCCCAGUCACAGUGCCACAGUUGUUUUCAAAGGCCGUGAAGAAGUACGGACAGAAGGUGGCGCUGUGUGUGAGGGCAUCUGAUGGGUGGCAGGAGAUGACGUAUUCUCAGUAUGAGCUGCAGUGCCGGGCUGUGGCCAGAGGAUUCCUGAAGUUGGGCCUGAAGCAGUUUCAGUCGGUUCUGAUCCUUGGGUGUAACUCUCCAGAGUGGUUUAUGGCAGAGAUUGGCGCAGUGCUGGCCGGGGGUGUGGCUGUCUGUAUUGCUCCAGAGUCCACGGAGUCAUUUUGCCUUAAGGUGGCGCUAGAUGUCCAGGUUCAGAUAGUCCUCGUAGAUGACCACAAGCAACUGGCGAAGAUCCUGCAGAUACAAGAGAAGCUGCCAACACUGAAAGCGAUGGUCCAGUGGACAGGACAAGUGAUGGACCCCCGUCCUGGGAUGUUUACAUGGAACCAGUUAGUAAAUUUGGGCUCUGAACUGGAGGAGUCGUAUCUGGAUGUAGUCAUGGCAGACCAGAAGCCGCACCAGUGCUGUGCCGUAAUGUAUUCAGAGGGCGCCGGAGAGCCAAGAGGAGCCAUGAUAAGUCACGACAAUGUGACUUGGACAUCACGGGCCAUGCAGGAGAUGCUGGGUUUGGGGUCUGAGGUGGUCGUGGUCAGUCACUUGCCCCUCUGUCACAUGUCUGUGCAGAUGUUUGACCUUUGGCUUCCUCUUUCUUGUGGUGGCACCACAUACUUUGCAAAGUCUGAAGCUCAGAAGGGGUCCCUAGUGUCCAUGUUGUGUGAUGUCCAGCCCACCCUCUUCCUUGGAUUCCCUGGACUGUGGAAGAAGGUGCAAAAGAAGUGGAUAUUGGUGGAGAAAAGGGCAACACCAUUACAGAAGAUGACCAUACAAUGGGCCAGAAGGAAAAGUCGUCUGUCCUACACAAGUUCUGGCUCGCUUCUCUGGGGACACAGUCUUGCUGAACACUUGGUGUUCAGGCCGGCACGGAGGGCUCUGGGGCUUGACAGCUGCACCCUCUGUUAUGCGGGGAUGGAACCCAUCAGCCAGGAUGUGGCAGAGUACUUAAGGAGUCUGGGGAUUGAUCUGCUGGAGUUAUAUGGCAAGAAUGAGACCAGCGGGGUACAAAGUAUAAUGGUGCCAUCAUCCCGGAGGACAGGAAGAGUUGAACUUACUGGAUGUAAGAGUCGUGUGAACCAGGAUGAGCUCAGCCUCUGGGGGCGCCAUAUCUUUCUGGGUUACCUCGGCAGGGAGCAGGAGACAAACGAGGCCUUCACAGAGGAUGGCUGGUGGAGGACAGGCAGUCAGGAAUUGCUAAAGAUGAGUCCUAUGGACCCUGAAGAUCUGUACAUGGAGCUGUGACCUGGAGGUGGACCCUAAAGGUCUGUACAUGGAGCUGUGACCUGGAGGUGGACCCUGAGGAUCUGUACAUGGAGGUGGACCCUAAAGGUCUGUACAUGGAGCUGUGACCUGGAGGUGGACCCCGAGGAUCUGUACAUGGAGCUGUAUGUGGAAGAUCUGGAUCUCCUUCAGUGUUUAAUCC